UGUGUCGUUCGUGCAAAUCUCUCAGGUUCCAAUUUCUUUAUUUAUCUUGAUGAACAUAAUGCCAAAUCAGCCACUCUGUUGUCCCAACCCAGCACAUCAUCGUCGUCGUCAUCAUCAUCAUCAUCAUCCCCCACCUCUCUGUCUGUCUGUCUGUUUGUCUGUUUGCUUUGGUUGUAUUAUAAAGAAAUCUCAAAGCUUUCCGUGAGAACACAAGGUAAAGAGAAAGCCUUUGGUUGUUUUGAAAGGCAGAGAGUGAGUGACUGAGUGAGAGAAAGAUAUGAGUGGUGGGUGCUGGCGAGAGAGGUUGAGGUCGUUUGUGAGCAACAGAUGGCUGGUGUUCGUGGCCGCAAUGUGGUUGCAAUCGUGUGCGGGGAUCGGGUACCUGUUUGGGAGCAUAUCGCCGGUGAUAAAGAGAUCGCUUGGCUAUAACCAGAGGCAGAUUGCGAGGCUUGGGGUGGCCAAGGACUUGGGAGACAGCGUUGGUUUCUUGGCUGGGAGCCUUUGCGAGGUCUUGCCCUUGUGGGGUGCUCUCCUCGUCGGUGCUCUCCAGAACUUUGUUGGCUAUGGCUGGGUUUGGCUCGUUGUCACUGGCAGAUCUCCCACUUUGCCUUUGUGGGCUAUGUGCGUUCUUAUAUUUGUGGGCACAAAUGGUGAGACUUACUUCAACACAGUUGCUCUGGUUUCCUGCGUGCAAAACUUCCCAAAAAGUCGGGGUCCUGUGGUCGGAAUUCUAAAGGGCUUUGCUGGAUUGGGUGGCGCAAUUUUGACUCAGAUAUAUGCAAUGAUUCAUUCCCCUGAUCAUGCAUCUCUGAUAUUCAUGGUUGCAGUCGGUCCAGCAAUGGUAGUUAUUGCCGUAAUGUUCAUUGUCAGACCUGUUGGAGGUCACAGACAGGUCGGGCCAACUGAUGGCAUAAGUUUCACAUUUAUCUAUAGUGUAUGCCUCCUAUUGGCUGCUUAUUUGAUGGGAGUCAUGCUUGUUGAAGACCUGGUCGAUUUGAACCAUACAUUUAUCACGAUUUUUACGGUAAUUUUAUUUAUCCUUCUUCUGAUUCCAAUUGCAAUUCCCAUGUCAUUGAGUUUUUGCCUAGAGCCAAGAGCUCCGGAAGAAGAGACACUCCUGUGUGAGCCACAGAAACAAGAACUUGACAGACUUCGGCAGGAUCCUAGUGAGGUUAUAUUCAGUGAGUUGGAAGAUGAGAAGCCUAAGGAAGUGGACUUGCUUCCAGCAUCAGAGAGGCAAAAGCGAAUUGCACAAUUGCAAGCAAAACUAUUCCAGGCAGCCGCAGAGGGAGCGGUGAGGGUCAGGCGGAGGAGGGGUCCGCAUAGAGGGGAGGACUUCACCCUGAUGCAAGCUUUAAUCAAAGCAGACUUUUGGCUUAUAUUUUUCUCACUUCUAUUGGGCUCUGGAUCUGGGUUGACAGUGAUUGAUAAUCUGGGUCAGAUGAGUCAGUCUCUAGGGUAUGAUAACACACAUAUUUUUGUGUCCAUGAUCAGCAUUUGGAACUUUCUAGGUCGUAUUGGUGGUGGUUACUUCUCUGAGGUUAUUGUGAGGGACCAUGCUUAUCCUAGACCAGUGGCAAUGGCUGUGGCACAACUCAUUAUGGCAGUUGGGCAUCUUUUAUUUGCUAUGGGGUGGCCUGGGGCAAUGCACAUUGGCACACUGUUGAUUGGACUUGGCUAUGGGGCUCACUGGGCGAUUGUGCCAGCUGCUGCCUCCGAGUUAUUUGGUUUGAAAAAAUUUGGGGCUUUGUACAAUUUCCUCACACUGGCAAAUCCUGCCGGUUCUUUAGUAUUCUCUGGUGUAAUUGCUAGCAGUAUAUAUGACCAUGAAGCAGAGAAGCAAGCUCAUCAACAACUUCAACAGCAGCAGAAUUGGGGAUCAAUUUUCUCAGGCACGUUUAGUGUGGAUGAACCACUGAAGUGUGAAGGUGCCAUAUGCUUCUAUCUAACUUCACUGAUAAUGUCUGGGUUCUGCAUUAUUGCCUUUGUAUUAAGCAUGAUUCUUGUUUAUCGGACCAAGAUUGUAUAUGCCCACCUCUAUGGAAAAACAAGUACAACUAGGCUUACAUAACCAAAUUAUUUGUCCAAAUUAUUGUGGUGUUUCAACACUUCAUUCAAGAUAGGUUUCUUCCAUGUAAACAUACAUCACAAGAACAAUAGCAGAGGCGAGAAUGCUUCGAAACACACUUCUCUCCAGGGUGAGACUUGGCUCUUCUUCAUUACAUUGCGGUUGAUCACUACAACUUGAUUUAUCUUUCGAAUGUUGAGCUGUUGUAUGCUUUCCUUUUUUGAUUUGGACAUUGUUUGGCUUGAAAUGUUUGAAAUCUACUGUCAGUUUUGUCCACUGUGCUCAUCAAACGAAUAAACUAUGCUUGUUUGUAUGUUCU